AUGCCAAGUCCUUCAGCCCUUGAUAUACACUCUCACUAUCAGUUACGACAGUCAUGGUAUGUGGUUGUCAAAAGCGUCUUCCCGCCAUUGAGUUCGCUCGGUACCUACGAUGAUACCGAGGACGUCAGAAAACCGAGGACUUCAGGAAGGGAAACUGUGAUUUGAUUCCACUCGGAGGAGAAAAAUGAUCAAACAAGAGGCCAAGAGAUCUAGAGGAACGUGAAUGAAUGUAAACCUUAAGGGGAAUAUACAACGC